CCACUGACCCAGAACUGGUCUUCGGGAAACAGGGCCUUCAGCAUGGUGAGCCGAUGCAAUGAGGAAUGCGCGCACUCUCCCCUUCGGAUGGGAGCCUGCGGCUGGUGAGAAGCUGAGAAGCACUGUUCCUCCUGGGCAGCUGUGGAGCCGGGAGAGUGGGAGAUGGGCAGGUCCGCCUUUCUGUGGCUGUGUGUGCUCCUGCCCCUGGCCAGCGGGCACAGCCUCUUCACCUGCGAGCCCAUCACGGUCCCGCGGUGCGUGAAGAUGACCUACAACCUCACCUUCUUCCCCAACCUCAUGGGCCACUAUGACCAGGGCAUCGCCGCCGUGGAGAUGGAGCACUUUCUUCCUCUUGCGAAUCUGGACUGUUCACCAAAUGUCGAGACUUUCCUUUGCCAAGCUUUUAUACCGCGCUGCACAGAGCACGUUCACGUGGUCCCACCUUGCCGUGGGUUCUGUGAGAAAGUGUAUUCGGAUUGCAAGAGCAUCAUGGACACCUUUGGGAUCAGGUGGCCCGAGGAACUCGAAUGUGGCAGGCUGCAGUGCUGUAAUGAGACGGUUCCCACUCUCAAUCCACACGGAAGAUCUCUUGGUCCCCAGAAGAAAAAUGAACAAGUCCAGCGAGACAUCGGAUUCUGGUGUCCGAGGCACCUGAAGACUUCUGGGGGGCAGGGCUAUAAGUUCCUGGGGAUCGAGCAGUGUGCACCUCCAUGCCCCAACAUGUAUUUCAAAAGCGAUGAGUUAGAAUUCGCAAAAAGCUUCAUUGGGAUAGUUUCAAUCUUCUGCCUUUGUGCAACUCUGUUCACAUUUCUCACCUUUUUGAUUGAUGUGAGACGGUUCCGGUACCCAGAGAGGCCGAUCAUAUACUACUCUGUCUGCUACAGCAUCGUGUCUCUCAUGUACUUCAUCGGGUUUUUGCUUGGUGACCACACAGCCUGCAACAAGGCCGACGGGAAGCAGGAGCUCGGGGCGACCGUGGUCCUGGGCUCCCAGAACAAGGCCUGCUCCGUUUUGUUUAUGUUCCUGUAUUUUUUCACCACUGCGGGCACAGUGUGGUGGGUGAUCCUGACCAUCACUUGGUUCCUCGCUGCGGGCAGGAAGUGGAGCUGUGAGGCCAUCGAGCAGAAGGCGGUGUGGUUCCACGCAGUGGCGUGGGGAAUCCCCGGCUUCCUGACUGUCAUGCUGCUGGCCAUGAACAAGGUGGAGGGGGACAACAUCAGUGGAGUCUGCUUCGUCGGCCUCUACGACCUGACCGCCUCCCGCUACUUUGUGCUUUUGCCGCUGUGCCUGUGUGUGUUCGUGGGGCUGUCCCUGCUCUUGGCUGGCAUCGUCUCCUUGAACCACGUGCGCCAAGUCAUCCAGCACGAUGGCCGCAACCAGGAGAAGCUGAAGAAGUUCAUGAUCCGCAUCGGGGUCUUCAGCGGCCUGUACCUCGUGCCCUUGGUGACACUGCUGGGGUGUUACGUGUACGAGCAGGUGAACAGGGUGACCUGGGAGAUCACGUGGGUCUCUGACCACUGUCGUCAGUACCACAUCCCGUGUCCGUACCAGGUGAAAGCCACAGCCCGACCGGAACUGGCGUUAUUCAUGAUAAAAUACCUGAUGACGCUGAUCGUGGGCAUCUCUGCCAUCUUCUGGGUUGGAAGCAAAAAGACCUGCACAGAAUGGGCUGGGUUUUUUAAACGAAAUCGCAAGAGAGAUCCGAUCAGCGAGAGCCGCCGAGUGCUGCAGGAGUCCUGCGAGUUCUUCCUGAAGCACAACUCCAAGGUGAGGCACAAGAAGAAGCACUGCAGGCCGGGCUCGCAUAAGCUGAAGGUCAUCUCCAAGUCCAUGGGCACCAGCACCGGGGCGACCUCCGACCACGGCACCUCUGCGGUGGCCAUCGCCAACCACGACUUCCUGGGCCAGGCGAGAGCCGCCGAGUGCUGCAGGAGUCCUGCGAGUUCUUCCUGAAGCACAACUCCAAGGUGAGGCACAAGAAGAAGCACUGCAGGCCGGGCUCGCAUAAGCUGAAGGUCAUCUCCAAGUCCAUGGGCACCAGCACCGGGGCGACCUCCGACCACGGCACCUCUGCGGUGGCCAUCGCCAACCACGACUUCCUGGGCCAGAGGACGGCGCCCGGAACCCAAA